AUGAAUUAUAUUCCAUAUCUUAUACUAUUAAUAUCCUAUAUAAUAUAUAAAUUUGUUUCAAAUUAUCAAUUAAAUAAAUUUGCUUUAAAAAAUGGUUGUAAACCAAUAAAAAAAUUACCAACUCCAACUUUUUUAAGUUGGUUAGGUUUAGAAUUCUUAUAUAAUGCCAAAAAAUCAAUAAAAGAAGGUUUAAGUAAUGAAAAAUUAUAUGAUACUUUUCAAAAAUUAGAUACAACAACUUUUGAAACCAAAAUAAUGUUUAAAAAAAUUAUAAUGACUACUGAACCAGAAAAUUUAAGAAUUAUGAUGGCAGCUGCAAAUUUUUAUGAUUGGAAUAUUGGUUAUAGACCAAAAGCAUUUGGAUAUUUAUUAGGUAAUUCCAUAUUUUCAAGUGAAGGUAUUGUAUGGAAACAUUCAAGAAUCUUGUUAAGACCAUUUUUUGCUAAAAAUCAUAUAAAACAUAUAACAAAUAUGGAACCAUUUAUUGAAAGAGUUAUAAAAUUAAUUAAACAAACUCAAGGUGAACAAAUUAUAGAUUUACAAGAUUUAUUUCAAUUAUUUACUAUUGAUUAUUCAACUUUUUUAUUAUUAGGAGAAAGUUGUGAUACUUUAAAAGAUAGAUUAGGUGAAUCAACACCAGAAACAAUAAAUAAAGAAUAUAAACAAAGAUUUGCAUGGGCUUUUGAUACUUUAGCUCCAAUAUUAAUAUUAAAAGCAAUGAUGGGAAAAUUUAUGUUUUUAUAUAAUCCAAAAGAAAUGAAUGAAUGUAUUGAUAUACAACAUAAAUUUGUUGAUUAUUAUAUUCAAAAAGCUUUAAAAAUGUCAAAUAAAGAAUUAGAUGAAAAAUCUCAAGAUGGUACUUUAUUUUUAUAUGAAUUAGCAAAACAAACAAAAGAUCCUAUAGUUUUAAGAGAUAAUAUAUUAAGUAUAAUAUUAGCAGGUAGAAAUACAACAAGUGCAUUAAUAACUUUUUUAUUCUUGGAAUUAUCAAGAAACCAAGAAAUUUUUGAAAAAUUAAAGCACAUAAUAAGAAAAGAAUUUCCAAAUUUAAAUUCAAUAACAUUUGAAUCAAUACAAAAUUGUGAAUAUCUUAGAUGGUGUCUCAAUGAAACUUUAAGAUUUCAUCCUUCUGUCCCCAAUGAAUCAAAAACUUCAACAAAAAAUCAAAUAUUACCAAAAGGUGGAGGUAAAGAUAAUCAAUCACCCAUAUUAAUAAAGAAGGGUCAACAAGUAUUAUAUCCAUUAUGGACAGCAAAUAGAAAUGAUAAAUAUUUUGGACCACAAAGUAACAUAUGGAAUCCAGAAAGAUGGAGUGAGUUACCAAAAAAUGGUGGGAUUGCAUUUAUGCCAUUUUCAACUGGUCCAAGAUUAUGUUUAGGUCAACAAUUAGCAUUGGUUGAAGCAAGUUAUUUAACUAUUAGAUUAUUACAAACUUUUAAUAAUUUAGAAUGUCAUGUUGGAAAAGAACCUUUAAGAAAAUCAAAUAGUGCUACUAUGAGAUUAUUAGAUGGUUGUAAUGUUAUAAUGAGUUAA